AUGUCUAAUGAAGCGGCCAUCGAGAGCAGUGCGCCAAGCGCUCCGGAGAAGCGCCUAUUGUCUGUCAACGAGCCACGGCUAGUGGCAUACACUAAAAGUCUACCUCGAGCUAUCUAUCUAGAAGACGAUGCACUCAAGAAGAAGAGGAACAUGCUAAGCACGCUGAUCUGGAACAAUUUCUUCAGACUCCGUGAUACCAUCGACAAGUGUGGCGCGGACAUGCUACCCAUCAUAGCGACCACCGAAGGACGUCGGCAACUUUUAGAGAGCUUGUCACCACCUCUCUUAGCGCGCUCGAGUCCCGAUUUCGAGCCCUUGAAACCGGACAAUGAACUGCAGGCUCUCGGAGAUGUACAAGCUAAGAGAGUAUUCAAGCGAGCCUGCUACCUUCCGCACCUAAACCUCGAGGAGCUAGUAAAGGACGAGAACCUUUACGAGCUUCUGUUCGAGAAAUAUAGCGGCAGUUUCCCGUCCGAUAUGGUGACGUCGACACUCGAACUGUCACACCUGAACCUGACCAGUCCAGGAGCCAGAAAGACCAAACUCGAGCACUAUAUGACAUUCUGGAAGUGCGAUUCGCGUGACAAGUUUGGCGCAAUUUUCGACUCAGACGAGCUACACGAACGGUCCAGGCAAGAUAAGGACAAGAUGAUGGUGAAGUCAUUCGCCGGGAUGGAAAUGAUGCAGUACGUACUCGAAGAGCUGCUGUUCAUGGUACAAGUAUGGAGAGCAGCUGGGCUUGAGUUCACACUCGAGGAACUGGCUCUGAAGCCGAAGAAGCAGAUCCCAAUACGGACUCGCGAGGCCCACGGGUUCGAAACACUCGACAAGAUCUCGGACGCUGCGCCAUACUGCAGACUCGGAAGGAUUGACUUUCUCAGGCUCGGCAAUCAUGUUACGACUCAGCUUGAUGCUGCCGUUACACGCCUCAUGGAUCUUACUAGUGAUCCCACCUGCCUCAAGAACGAACUUCAGGAUACUGUCGGCUGUGUAGCCACGUACAAGGUGGUGAAGGAUACGUAUAGCGAAGUCGUCUGGUGGACAUGCUUGCAGCAAUUGAUCAAGGACGCUGACUUCUGGAUGACUGCCGAGGCAGAGGCUUGGGAGGAAUGCGAACUCUCUGAGCGGUGCAUACGAGUUUUCUCUCAACUGAGUCAUGUCCUGGACGUGAUAAUCUCCAUCAUGGCAGCAGACCUUGGGCACGCAGUCCCAGCAUUGAAGAAGAUGCGGCCUCAAUACGCAAACUACCCAGAAGACGACGCAGACGUAUCAGAGCAGUGGACUGUGCUCGACGCCACUCUCAAGAAGGAUGCUAAGCCCCGUGCUGCUUACUUGCAUUGCCUCACCACGCUCCUAUUCGACCCCGAAGCUCGCUCACUGCACAGGGCUUGGCAUAUCGCGAAGGCCUUCCAGACGGCCAUUGAGCAGGAUGCUGACGGCGAGCAGUACCUCUCACCGUGGCUUGUGGAUAAAGUGUCGAAGAUGAGCUUACUGGCGGAGCUGAAGCGGCAGCUGUACACGGCGCAACCACAGACAACGAUGUGGCGGCACAGCGAUCAGACCGAAUUCAAAGGCAAUGUGAGUUGGGCGCUCACCGAUCCUUUGGACACUAUGGACCGUGUGAUCUGGGAGCGUGCAGAUGACAGUGGCUUUGAGCUUGAUGAGACCGCCUUUCAUAACCUGGGAUCAGACAGCUCAGAUGCCGCACAGAUUCUCCAGGCCGCCUGUGCCCGCCAGGACGCCUUCUUCAAGCCGCUAUGGGUGAUGCUUGGUCACACUGGGGACAAACGCAUCCCCGGUGAUCCAGAUACUGUACCAUUACGCAAGCCCACCAACGCCAUCAAGAAGGGUACGCAUGAAGGUAUACAGGAUACUGAUUUAGAGGGAGCCUUCGAGCGCAUAUGUGAGCACCUCAGCUGGUGGCUCGGGGAUCGCGCCUACGACUUCCAGAUCCCGACAUCUACAACAUCAGUUACAACGACCGAGCCAGAGCCACUGUCUCCUGCUCACGAAGAGAACUUCACUACUCCAGAAAGCGUCGACAGAGCCAGGCCCAGUCCCUCUGCCAAUCAUUCAAAGACCUUAUCUCCACAGCAAUCACAGGCGACGCGCCACGCCGCUUCAUCCCCGGCAUCGCAAAGAAGCCCAAGCGGCGCGAUGCCGCGCCCGAGACCCCCUUCAACACCAGCUGCCAACGAAGACCUCAUGGCAGAACCCAUUCGCGCUCCAGCAGUACCAUACGAAGGGACUAUCCCUGUAGACGCGCGCGCACACGCGGCACUCCAGGUCAUGAACCUCACUCCAGGGAUCUCAGCUGGUGAACUUGAAUGGACAGACGUACUACACACCAUGCAGGCGAUAGGCUUCACCGCCGAGCGUUCCGCUGGAGUCAUUUGGAAGUUCAUUCGUGGAGACCGCUCCCUGACGGCCCAUCGCCCGCACCCUGGAUCGAAGUGGGCGAAGAAGCAGGCAAGGCAGUUGGGGACAAGAUUGAUCAGAAAGUAUGGGUUUACCAGGGAGACGUUCGUCCUCCAGGAUGAGUAG